AUGGAGAAUGAAUUCACAUAUGAAGAUUACCAGAACACAGCAGAAUGGCUUCUGACCCACACCAAGCAUCGGCCUCAAGUGGCAUUGAUCUGUGGUUCUGGGUUGGGAAGUCUGGCUGAGAAAGUAACAGAGGCCCAGAUCUUUGACUACAGUGAGAUACCCAACUUUUCCCGAAGUACAGUUCUAGGACAGAUUGGUCGACUGGUGUUUGGGUUCCUGAAUGGCAGAGCCUGUGUGGUGAUGCAGGGCAGAUUCCACUUGUAUGAAGGCUACUCACUCCAGAAGGUCACAUUUCCAGUGAGAGUUUUUCACCUUCUGGGUGUGGACACCUUAGUGGUCACCAAUGCAGCUGGAGGGCUCAACCCCCAGUUUGAGGUUGGAGAUAUCAUGCUGAUUCGUGAUCAUAUCAACAUGCCUGGUUUCUCCGGUCAGAAUCCUCUCAGAGGCCCCAAUGAGGAAAGGUUUGGAGCUCGUUUUCCCCCAAUGUCAGAUGCUUAUGACCAGCAUCUGAGGCAGAUGGCCCACAGUAUCUGGAAAAAAAUGAAGGAACAGCGAGAACUACAGGAAGGCACCUAUGUGAUGGUGGGAGGCCCUAACUUUGAGACUGUGGCAGAAUCUCGUUUGCUACGGAUGCUGGGGGCAGAUGCUGUUGGUAUGAGCACAGUACCAGAAGUUAUAGUUGCACGGCACUGUGGACUUCGAGUCUUUGGCUUCUCUCUCAUCACUAACAAGGUCGUCAUGAGUUAUGAAAGACUGGAAAAGGCCAAGCAUGAGGAAGUACUAGAGGCUGGAGAACAAGCUGCACAGAAAUUGGAAGAGUUUGUCCACAGACUUAUGCCUAGAAUCCUGCCCCCUUGCAAUGCCAGUUGA